CAGUAUGUUCGCGGCCGGGCUGGCUCCUUUUUAUGCCUCCAAUUUUAGCCUCUGGUCGGCCGCCUACUGCUCCUCGGCCGGCCCGGGUGGCUGCUCCUUCCCCCUGGACCCUGCCGCCGUCAAGAAACCCUCCUUCUGCAUCGCAGACAUCCUACACGCCGGCGUGGGGGAUCCAGGGACGGCUCCAGAGGGACUGGUGGGGGCUUCAGCUGCCGCCCUAACCGCGCACUUGGGCUCGGUUCACCCGCACGCCUCCUUUCAAGCUGCCGCCAGAUCCCCGCUCCGUCCCACCCCGGUGGUGGCGCCCUCCGAAGUCCCGGCUGGCUUCCCGCAGAGGCUGUCUCCACUUUCAGCUGCCUACCACCACCAUCACCCACAACAGCAGCAGCAGCAGCAGCAACAACCUCAGCAACAACCUCAGCAACCGCCGCAACAGCAACAGCCCGCACCUCCKACCCGGGCCGGCUCCCUGCAGACCUCGGCCUCGGGGACCCGUGUGAUCCCGCACCCUAGCGGCUUGACACCGGCUCCCUCCAGCAAAGACCUCAAAUUUGGAAUUGACCGUAUUUUGUCUGCAGAAUUUGACCCCAAAGUCAAAGAAGGCAACACCCUGAGAGAUCUCACAUCCCUGCUAACUGGUGGACGACCUGCAGGAGUGCACCUUCCAGGCCUGCAACCCUCCGCUGGCCAGUUCUUCGCAUCUCUAGAUCCUAUUAAUGAGGCUUCUGCCAUCCUCAGUCCCUUAAGCUCCAACCCAAGAAAUUCAGUUCAGCAUCAAUUCCAAGACACAUUUCCAGGUCCCUAUGCUGUGCUCACUAAGGACACCAUGCCACAGACAUACAAGAGGAAGCGGUCUUGGUCGCGCGCAGUUUUUUCCAACCUGCAGAGGAAAGGCCUGGAGAAAAGGUUUGAGAUCCAGAAGUACGUGACCAAGCCAGACCGAAAGCAGCUGGCAGCAAUGUUGGGCCUCACAGAUGCACAGGUGAAGGUGUGGUUCCAGAACCGUCGAAUGAAGUGGCGCCACUCCAAGGAGGCCCAAGCACAGAAGGAUAAGGACAAGGAGGCCGGCGAGAAGCCUUCAGGCGGAGCCCCGGUUGCCGAGGGMGAACAGGAGGAGAGGAGCCCCAGUCGCUCAGAGGGCGAGGCCGAGAGCGAGAGCAGCGACUCCGAGUCUCUGGACAUGGUCCCCAGCGACACCGAGCGGACUGAGGGGGCUGAASGAUCUCUUCACCAAACAACUGUUAUCAAGGCCUCGGCCGCCGGCACCCUCAUCGCGGCCAGCAGCGGUGGGAGUGGAGGAGGUAGCGGCGGCAGCAGUUUCAGCUUCGGCAGCGCUAGCAGCCUCAGUAGCACCAGCACCAGCACGGGRAGCGCAAGCAGUCUUGGCAGCGGGGGCAGUAGCACCUCGGAGCUGCUCCCUGCACCGCAGCCCACAGUCAGCAGUGCUCCCAAAAGCCCGGAGCCUCCCCARGUCCCGCUGGGCAGCUUAUAGACUUCAGGAGGACUCAGGGGACUCGUGGCUCUACGCAGCCUCCCACAUACKGGCUGGAUUUUGUGUUGGCGUUGGGCUAGGGCCAGAGAUGCAGCAAAGAYUACUCUUCAGUGUUCACUCCAUGCCCCUUGGUGCCCGAGCUCAGAGCCCAGAGGCCAUAAGUGUGUACCCACCAAAGAUUCCUAUGGAACUCUUCUCUGGACAUGUGCAGCCCACACUGUGAAGUGUUUGAACUGUUCCUGCUCUCCUGCUCGCCAGGGAUCGUGGCAUAAAGACAUGCUGCACUUAAGAAGCCUUAAACUUGUAAAUAAA